CCUGAUGAGACGGGGCAGACGGCUCGUUUCGUCUUAGAGCACCACUUGUCUAGUCGGCAUUCCUUCCUGGACGCUUGUCUAACUUAUCCUUCUUCUGUGUGCCAGGCUCUAGCCAAUGUGGCUCUGGCUUCUGCCUCUACAUUCAACACUAAUCUUAACCCUAAUAGCGCCUGCAGCAUCGGUAACGAUUGUAGCACGCCUAGUAGAUUCUACCCCGCCAGUUCUUCUCUUUCGAUCACCAAAGCACUUGCUUCUACCAACCAUGCUACAAGUGAUCUUUCAACUUCCACAACUUUUGAAUCUUCUGCCUCUCAAGCAUCCGGCCAAACAAGUGGGCAGCGACGCUUUAUUGCAGUGGCUUGCCAGGAUCGACGACUUCGGGUAUACAACAUCUCUACAGGUCGCCAAGUACGCUGUUUUCGAGCAAGCCAUUCGGAAGAGGGCGUCGUACUGCGCUGCACCACUGAUCCGACAGGCACUCUAAUUGCAAGGAUCACUGACGAUCUCGGCCAAACGUCUGGCAACGUAUCAAGUCUACAGUCCGACUCUGGAAAUUAUCGUGCAUUAUAUGGACUCCGGACAAGGUAUUCUCAACCUGGCAGGAGUGGACUGCAGUUUAGACCUUGCCUGAACUGGUCUCAUCACUAUCUCCAGCGGUACUCGGACCCGGAUGAAUGUGAUAUUGAAAGGUAUCUGGCCUUCUCUGAAAUUCAUCUCUGCUAUGUUACCAAGAAGCACUUGUGUCGUGACUAUAUGCUGGACUUACCGGGUUCGAGUACCGCUACGGGUGCGAAUGCGACCCAGGCGAGGUCAAAAUUCCAUUCCACUCCUGCCUGGAUGAGAAUACCUUAUCUGGAAGCAAGGCCAUGUGAAAUUCAAUACAAAUGUUCACAUAAGUAUCUGAAUUUAUUCUACUUCUCUUCGGGUGAGUUGCUUGCAACUAUGUACGGGCACUCAGAACCUUCAGUUGGCCUCCGCUUCUUACCCGACCUCCGGCACCUGGUCAGUGUCUCCUCAGAUAGCUGUAUCUUUGUCUGGCGUCUCUCUUCCUGCCUUUCCCGGUUGAUGAUGGAGCGUCAUAGUGUAGGACUCUCAGGUUCUACGACGGCUGCCGCCCUUGCUGCUGCUGGCCUUCGGUUACGCUGUUCACCUUUGGUGCCUAACUUACUUCCAUCUACACCAACUUUUGCGGGAGCAGUAUCAUUCACCUUGCCUGCCUCAAACAGUUCAAGCCUAUUCGGAUUGCAGCAAGUUCAGCCUCAGAGUUACAAUCGUAAUCGAACUGAGAAUAUACUUGCGAAUCGUCGUCAGCUUAGCCAGAGCCAGGUAAACAUUUCAUCAACUGAUACUGAUUCGUCCGCUAUGCAGGCAGCCUCGAGCCACACAAGUCCAGCAUCUGUAUCCGCUCCUCAUUUCGCCCAAGCAGACACAGCAGAAAAUGAUGAUCCAAACGAUUUUGAUGGACUCGAGGGCGACCAUUACCAGACGCCACAGCAAACCUUACCAUCAAGGCUUACGUAA